AUGUCUGUAUUUGUUGCUUUCCUGCUGGGUCCUGUUCUUGCGGUAUAUCUGGUAGUGUAUCUGUUUUCCAAUACACCUAGACAAGCGUAUCCUGAGGAGUUAGUGUAUUAUACGACAUCAGCAAAGAGCAAAUUGAAAAGUGGUAAAUUGAAAUAUGUGAUGGAGGAUGGGGAAGGAAGUGAAGAUAUUGAGUUGUCUGUUGUUGUGCCAAGUUAUAAUGAGACUGGUAGGAUUUCGGUGAUGUUAACGGAGGCGGUUGAGUAUUUGGAAGAGAGUUUUCCUGAUAAGUGGGAGAUUUUAAUUGUUGAUGAUGGUUCACAGGAUGAUACCAGUGAGUACUGUUUAAAAUUAGCGAAGCAGAAGUUUAAAUUGAAACCAGACCAAUUGAAGGUGGUUAAAUUCAGUGAGAACAGGGGUAAGGGAGGGGCAGUGAGGCAUGGGAUGUUACAUAUUAGAGGCAAGUAUGGGUUGUUUGCAGACGCGGAUGGUGCUAGUAAAUUCAGCGAUGUUGAAAAGUUGUUAGACGCAAUGAAAGAGACGGGUAAUAAAAAUGGUUCAAUAGCCAUAGGAUCGAGAUCACACAUGCUUAAUACAGAUGCUGUUGUUAAGCGGUCGUUUAUAAGAAACAUUAUGAUGUAUGGGUUGCAUAUGCUGGUUUACAUAUUUGGCAUAAGGUCGAUAGGUGAUACUCAAUGUGGCUUUAAAUUAUUUGAUAGAAAUGCUGUACGACAAAUCUUCCCCUACUUACAUACAGAAGGCUGGAUAUUUGACGUUGAAAUCCUCAUCUUAGCGUUGCGAAAAAAUAUUGUAAUCCAUGAGAUUCCCAUAUCCUGGCACGAAGUUGGAGGUUCUAAAAUGGUUUUGACAAGGGACAGUAUUAAAAUGGCCAAAGAUUUGGUUGUUAUCAGAUUGGCAUACAUUUUCGGCAUCUAUGGUGACAAGAUAGCGUGCUAA